CGAUGGUUAACCAGGCCUCCCUUCGGCUGCGGCUCCUUGUCUCCUGGCUAAAGCCCCGAGCCGUGGCUGCGGCUGCCUACGGGUUGCUUGGAUUUACUGGCCCCCAAGAGAAUCAUCACAGUGAUUAUGGCACUGAAUAUGUUUCCUAGGACCUGUCCCAAUCAAACUCAUCCCAAGUAUUCCUGCCUGCCAAGAAUCACCUCAGGGUUUCUGCCUGGGACACACACAUCCAGUGUAAUACAAUGUACCUCAGUAACGUCUGCUAAAGUGGAAGUGAAUGGUGUUCACCUGCAUUAUCAACAAACUGGAGAAGGAAAGCAUGCAGUUUUGCUACUUCCUGGAAUGUUAGGAAGUGGACAAAGUGAUUUUGGACCCCAGCUCAAAAACUUGAAUAAGCAGUUGUUCACAGUAGUAGCCUGGGAUCCUCGAGGAUAUGGGCAUUCCAUCCCCCCAAAUCGCGAUUUUCCCGUGGACUUCUUUGAAAGGGAUGCAAAAGAUGCUGUUGAUCUGAUGAAGACACUGAAAUUUAAAACAGUUUCUUUGCUGGGAUGGAGUGAUGGUGGGAUAACUGCACUCGUUGCAGCUGCAAAGUACCCAUCUUAUAUCAACAAGUUGGUAAUUUGGGGAGCAAAUGCCUAUGUUACUGAUGAGGAUGAAAUGAUUUAUCAUGGUAUCAGAGAUGUUUCAAAGUGGAGUGAGAGAACAAGAAAACCUCUGGAAGCACUAUAUGGAUAUGAAUACUUAGCCAAAACCUGUGAGAAUUGGGUAGAUGGAAUAUUGCAGUUUAAAGACCUACCAGAUGGUAACAUUUGUCGACAUUUGUUACCCCUUGUCAAGUGUCCAACUUUAAUAAUACAUGGUGAGAAAGAUCCUUUGGUUCCACGUUUUCAUGCAGAUUAUAUCCAUAAACAUGUUAAAGGUUCCCGGUUACAUCUCAUGCCAGAAGGCAAGCACAACCUGCAUUUGCGCUUUGCAGAUGAAUUCAACAAACUAGUAGAAGACUUCCUACAAUAAAAAAAAAAAAGAAAGAAAGAAAAGUUGGGCAAAAUCUUUCCGGAUUUUACAUAUAGCCAUCUUCAAACUAUAUAGUAAAUUACCUUUCUUUUAGAAAAAAAAUAAGAAUCAUCAGGAUCAAUCAUGUUUAUGAGAACAAUUUAAUUUUGUGGCAAUUAGCUACCCCAUUCCCCAAAAGUAAGUCUUACUAAUAAAAUUUAUUAAAUUGUUUAAAUAAUAAUUCAACUGUUCCAAAACCUCCAUUUCUUCCUGUAAAAUCCCUUUAAAUAAACUGUUGUUAGUUGGGCCA